GAACGGCGGUACGUGACGAUCGAAGGCGUGGAAUACGAUGUGACGGAUUUUAAGCAUCCCGGAGGAUCGGUUAUUUAUUACAUGCUGUCGAACACGGGAGCGGACGCGACGGAGGCUUUUAAAGAGUUUCAUUAUCGGUCGAAAAAGGCGCGCAAGGCGUUGGCGGCGUUGCCGCAUAAGCCAGUGGACGCGGCGACGCGGGAACCGAUCGAAGAUGAGGCGAUGCUGAAGGAUUUCGCGCAGUGGCGCAAGGAAUUGGAGCGUGAGGGAUUUUUUAAGCCCUCGCCGGCGCACGUGGCGUAUCGAUUCGCCGAGCUCGCGGCGAUGUUCGCGCUCGGCACGGCGUUGAUGCACGCGCGUUGGCACGUCGCUUCCGUGAUCGUGUACUCGUGUUUCUUCGGCGCGCGAUGCGGUUGGGUGCAGCACGAGGGUGGGCACAAUUCGUUGACUGGAAACAUUUGGUGGGACAAGCGAAUCCAAGCCUUCGCCGCGGGGUUCGGCUUGGCGUCGAGUGGCGACAUGUGGAACAACAUGCACAACAAGCAUCACGCGACGCCCCAAAAGGUGCGACACGAUAUGGAUCUCGACACCACUCCCACGGUGGCGUUCUUCAACUCCGCGGUUGAAGAAAAUCGCCCGCGGGGAUUCAGUAAGUUGUGGUUGCGCCUUCAAGCGUGGACCUUCGUGCCCGUGACGUCCGGUAUGGUUUUGUUCUUCUGGAUGUUCGUCUUGCACCCGCGUAACGCGCUGCGACGCAAAAGCUUCGAAGAAGCGGCUUGGAUGUUUUCCGCGCACGUCAUUCGCACGGCGGUUAUCAAAGCCGUCACCGGCUACUCCUGGAUCGCCUCGUACGGCUUGUUCGCGGCGACGAUGUGGGCGAGCGGAUGUUACUUGUUCGCGCACUUUUCCACGUCUCACACGCACUUGGAUGUCGUGCCGAGCGAUAAACACCUCUCGUGGGUGCGAUACGCCGUCGAUCACACGAUCGACAUCAAUCCGAACAACAGCGUCGUCAACUGGUUGAUGGGCUACUUGAACUGCCAAGUCAUCCAUCACCUGUUCCCGGAUAUGCCUCAGUUCCGCCAACCCGAAGUCUCCCGCCGAUUCGUCCCGUUUGCGAAGAAGUGGAACUUAAACUACAAGGUCUUGACGUAUUAUGGGGCCUGGAAGGCGACGUUCGGCAACUUGAACGACGUCGGG